AUGCUCACGGCCUUUACUGCGCGGCCCAUUGUCGAGCUCAAGGCACGCGACAAGUCCCGGGUCCAAUCGCUUGUGGCCUAUGGCGAUCGUCUGCUGGUGGGCCUGCACACGGGCGUGCUGCGCAUCUACCGCGUGAACGAAGCCGACCCGACGGCGACGGCAACAGCUGCGAGCCCGACGACGUCAACAUCGAUGACAGCCGCCAAAGACUCGGCCGUCGCCAACCCGCCCACGAUUCUCCUCCGCGAAGUCGAGAAGUUCGCCAGCCGCUCCAUCGAGCAGCUGGCCAUCAUCAAAGAGGCCAACACGCUCGUCUCGCUGGCCAACUAUGCCGUCUCACUGCACGAUCUGCAGACGUUUACACCGCUGCCCGGGGCUGCACCGCUGCCGGGAACCAAGAACGCCAGCGCCUUUGCCGUGACGAGCAACAUCGUCAAGGACCCGGCCACGGGUAUCCCCGAGAUCGUGUCGCGCCUCGCCGUGGCUGUCAAACGCCGUCUGCUUCUCUGGACCUGGUAUGCGAGUGAGCUGAGCACGGGCGACGACCGGACCGACGAUGGUCGCAGCAACGUCGCCGCCGGAAGACCACCCCCGCCGCCCGAGAUCACGCUACCCGAGACCAUCCGCUCGCUGACGUGGGCCAGUGCCACGAAGCUUGUGGUUGGCAUGAAUGCCGGCUACGUCCUCGUCGACGUGUUGGCACGCACCUACAUGCCCCGGCCGCUGGCGGCCAGGCUGGCCGACGGGGCCGUGUUGUUGGCCAAGGACGUUCACACCAUCUUUGUCAGCGACCAGGGCCGCACCCUCGACCGCGUGCUCGAGAUCCGCAAUCCCGACACCCUCAGCCUGCUGCAGACCAUCCCGCUGCCGGCCCCAGUGGUCGGUAAUGCCGGCACGCUGCAACUGCACGUGCCGCCGCCUUCGGUCAGCCUGGCGCACGCCGGCAAGGGCUUCCACGUGGCAUCGGAGCGCGGCGUCUGGAAGAUGGACGCGACCGGCUACGACAGCCAGGUGGACGCGCUGGUGGCGUGCGGUCGUCUAGACGAGGCCAUCAGCCUGCUGGGCCUGCUGGAAGAUGCGCUGCUGCGGGACAAGGCGCAGACGCUGCGGGCCGUGAAGAUGCGCAAGGCCGAGCAGUUGUUCCGACAGCGCCGCUACCUGGACUCCAUGGACCUGUUUAGCGAAGAGGACGUGCAUGCGCCGCCGGAACGGGUGCUGCGCUUCUUUCCGCGCUCGAUCGUCGGCGAGCUGUCAGACGAGGUCCUGGAGGAAAAGAAGGACGAGACAGAGGAAGUGGCGGUGGAGGACGACAACGAGGGGGACGCGUCGGCUGCAGGGUCAUCCCCAGAGGCUGACGCGGCCAAGGAUACAACGGCAGAAGCGGCAGGUAUCAGCGGGAAGGAAACAGACGGUAGUGAGAGCAGGGAACAGGCACCACAACCAUCAGAGCAGCAGCAACAGCCGCCACAGCUGCCGUCACUGCCACCACUACCAGCCGAGGUAGCUAUAUCUCUGCCCAAGGCCAGCGGCUUCACCAAGAUGUUUAUGAGCCACCGACGCACAGACUCGGACGCGGCAUCGACUCGGACGAACACGUCUUCCGUGGCCAAGGGGCCCACAGCAGCGGUGGCCACGGCAGCCGAGGAGGCAGGCGAUGCAGAGAAACCUGCUACUGCCAAUGGUUAUGUUCCGCUCGAGGGCAAGGACCUAAUGCGGGCGGUCGAGGCGCUCAACAGUUACCUGGCGGGUGCGCGGGCACGGCUUCAGCGGGAGAUCGACCCGGCAACAGGCAAGCUGAAGGAGAAGAAGGCAGCGUCGGGGGACAAGAACAGAAGAACCGAAAAGGACGAGGACGAGGACGAGGAUGACGAGGCGCGCGAAAAGCGACUGCGAGAGGCAUUCACGCUCGUGGACACGACCAUGUUUCGGGUGCUGAUGCUGAUCCGGCCAAAGCUGGCCAGCUCGCUGUUCCGGAUCCCCAACUUCUGUGACCCGGCCGUGGUCAACGAGCGGCUGCUGGAGCGCAGCCGAUUCAACGAGCUGGUAGACUUUUUCUAUGGCAAGCGGCUGCACCGCCGGGCGCUUGAGCUGCUGCGGGAGUUUGGAGAGGGCCUGCCGCCUGAGAUGGCCGACCUGGUGCUCGAGUUCUCGGCGUGGACGCUGCGGGCAGACCCAGAGCUCGGCAUGGAGGUGUUCCUGGCCGACUCAGAGAAUGCAGAGUCGCUGCCGCGCGACCGGGUGGCCGGCUUCCUGGCCGAAAUUGACGCCCGGCUCGAGAUCCGGUACCUGGAUCACGUGAUCAACGAGCUCAACGACCUCACGCCAGCCUUCCACAACCGGCUGGUCGACCAGCGGAUCCGGCUGCUGCAGGAGACAGACCGGGGCAGCGAUGACAGCGGCAGCGACAGUGACGACAGCAAUGCCAAGGCAAGACGGGCCGACUGGGACACGGCCAUGGCCAAGCUCGUGGCCUUUCUCAAGACGAGCCGACAGUACAGCCUGUCGCGUGUGUUUGGGCUGAUUCCACGCGACGACGCUGCCUUUUACAAGGCACAAGCCAUCGUGCUGAGCAAGAUGGGCCAGCACAAGCAAGCGCUAGAGAUUUACGUGUUCAAGAUGAAGGACGAGGUCGAGGCAGAAGAAUACUGCAACCGCAUCCACGCAGCGCGAGAAGCAGCACGGAGCGCAACCCAAGCAGCCCAGCCGGUAUCGCCACGGCUCGGCGCCGCCACGGGGACAGGAGCGAGCGGUCGACGGACGCUGCGACACGCGCUAUCGCGCGGAUCGGCCGACGACGGGACAUCAAGCAUGGGGCCGAGCGCGAGCGUCAGCGUGAGCGCGGAUGCCGACAGCAUGGACGAAGACGACGAGGACGGGGAUGCAGACACGAACAGCGGGACGGGUGGUGGUAGUGGUGGUGGCGGCAGCAACAGCUACGGCUACAGCUACAACCACAGCUACAGCUACAGCAACAGCAACAGCUACAGCAACAGCAACAGCAACAGCAGCCGGACACCCGGAGGAGCGGCGACGCCAACGGCAACAGCAACAACAACGACAGGGGGCCCAUCGAUCUACCACAUGCUGCUAUCGCUGUACCUGACGCCGCCGUCGCCACACAAGCAGCAGCUAGGGCCGGCACUGGACCUGCUGUCGCGACACGGAGCGCGGCUGCCGGCAUCGUCGACGCUGCGGCUGAUCCCCGAGGGGCUGCCGGUGGCAGAGCUGGCGGCCUACUUUCGCGGACGCAUGCGGGCGACGCACAGCGCGGUGCACGACAGCCGGAUCGAUCGGGGCCUACGGCAGACGGGCGUCCUGGCGGCACAGGCGGCGCUGCUGCUAGGGGCCGACGGCAGCGGACGGGCCGGGCGAAGCCGGCACGUCGUGGUGGGCGAGGAGCGGGUCUGCGGCGUGUGUCACAAGCGGCUAGGCGGCAGCGUGGUGGCAGUACUGCCGGAUAACGCGGUGGUGCACUAUGGCUCUGGCCUCCUCCUUCUGGGCGGCGGCGGCGUCCUUGGCCGAGCGAGUGGCGUCGACCACCAUGCGGGCUGUCAGCUCGCGGUUGACGUCGGCCUGGACAGCAGUGACGGCCGCGCGCAGACUGGCGAGAUGGUCGGCCUUGGUCUCGGCCGUCGACAGCGCGGAAACGGCCUUGAACGAGUCACUGUCGGGGCUGUGGUAGACAGCCCGGAGAGUGGACUGGGCCAUGAGUCGUCGGUUGUUGGUGGGUGUGUGGGACCAGAAAUCCUGAUCGAUCGCCACCCGGACCAGAAGGCAGAAAGGAGACAGAUUGACGAUUGCCAGCCAGGAACACGGCCAUCUCUCGCUGGCCCCGACCGAGCCCAGUCCGAGGGGAGCGAGGGGGAGCCGCCACCACCACCGCACGGUGCUAGCAAAGGCAACACUUGUCACGAGCCGAUCUUUGGAGCCGGAAGCCAGGCGAGACGACUCUGUUCUCGGGCGAUAGUCAUCGUCCUGCUCGCCAUGCAGCCGUCUCGGGCACCGCGGGGCCCCGGCAGCUUCUCGCCGCUGCCGUCCCUGUCCGCAUCGGCAGCCUCUGCAAAUGCUGUCGCCUCUCCGCCCUCCUCGCCCGAACCAGCCUUGGCCUAUCCGCCUCGACAGACUGCUCCGGCCUCACCCUCUUCCUCGGCUCGCUCUGUCGGCGUCCUGCCGCCCCAGCGCUCUCCCCGUCCGGCCGGACACAUGCGAUCUCGCCGUAUCAACUCCACCUCCAGCGACGAAGCCCUUUCGGUCAUGCCGCCUCCCCUCACCAUAAACAAGGGCCGCCAGCCACAUCAGCAACAGCAGCACCAACAGUCACAACAAUCACAGUUGCAACCACAACAACAACAACAACAACAGUCUACCCCGUCUUCCUACGCCUCUUUUGCUGCCGGUGCUGCUUCGGCUGCCGGCGUCUCUCCCUCCACCCACAACAACUAUUCCCGUCCGGCAGCACUGGCAACAUCGGCUGCUGCUGCUGCGACUGCUCGCCAGACCGCUGCUGCCGCUGCCGCCAACGAUGCCUCCCGUGCCGUCUCACCCCUGACGCUGCCCAACAGUGCCGCUCCCAGCCCGAGCAGCAGACACGAGGGCGCACCUCCAAGCCCCGUCACGGCCUUCAAGCCUGGCCCUGGUCACUCGCGCAAGCACUCUCAGACCGCUGGCCAUUUUGACGCCACCUUGCCGUCCACAAAUAGGGCCCAACAGCAGCAACAGCAGCAACAGCAGCAGCAGCAGCAGACGACCACCACGUCGGCAGCAGCCUAUGGCAGACCCGGCGGCAGAUCGACGUCUUCGCCCCCUCCUCCCACCCUGAGUGCCAGCCAGAUUGCAGCCCAGGCCGCCGUUCUCCAUCAGCAACAGCAACAGCAACAGCAACAGCAACAGCAACAGCAACAGCAACAGCAACAGCAACAGCAACAGCAACAGCAACAGCAACACCAGAGCCAGAUGCAGAGCCAGAGCCAGGGUCAGAACCCACCACAGACCCAGACCCAAGUCCAGACCCAACACCAGAACCUGCAUCCCCACCAACACCAGCUGCAACCACAGCAACAGUCCCACCAGCAGCCACAACAGCCGCAGCACACGCGCCAGCGGUCACAGACUGUGCCCACGCCCGGCGAGUCGUGUGAGGCCGCUUUGGUCCCGCACAAGAGGAGCAGCGUCCUCGCUGCACCGCCCACCCUCAGUCUGACCGAGGCCAGCGGCCCCAGCGACAGCGGCUUCGACAGCAUGUCCUACCACAACGGCCUGCUUGGCGGUCACGCCUCGGCCGCCCAGGCUGCUGCCAGUGUCGUCUUCUCCCGGUCUGGUGCGCCGGCCUCGCCCAGCGCCACGUCGCCUCAGCAGCACUCACCAAAGCAGCACUCGCCAAAGCAGCAGCAGCACUCGCCGAAGCAGCAGCAGCCGCCGCAGCAGCAAGCACCCCUGCCGCCUAUACCACCGCCUCCACCGCUACCGGAGAAGAAGCUGGAGAAGAGCAAGGUCAAGCUCUUCUCGCGCCCGGGCAAGAUCUCGGUCAAGGGCGAAACUCGAGACAAGCCGCUGCCGAGCCCCAGCAAGAUGGGCCUCUCGUCUGCCUUGGCGUCGCUGCAGCGCGGCAACUUCAGCACCACCGCCGUCGAGUCUCUGGGCCAGCCGUUUUACAGCAUAAAUAACUCUUCGGCCGCAACGAUCCGACCGUCGGACCCGUCGCUGACGCUGGGCCUGAGCAGCGGUCUCGCCAGCAGCAGUAGCAGCAACCUCGGCGGUAUACCGGGUGGUGCUUCUGGCAUGGGCGGUGGCAGCGGCGGCGGCAGUGGUGGUGCUGGCAUCGGGAUCGGCAGCAGCAGCAGCAGCCUGACGGCCGUGCCGGAGAAGGAGGCCAAGGAAAAGAAACACCACUUUCUGUCGCGCCAGAAGCACAAGCUGGCCAAGGACAAGGACGACUUCCACCUGCCGCUGUCGUCGGCUGCCAGCAACUCACGGCCCACCGAUCCUCACGCCCCCAACAGUCUCUACAACUUCAGUCUCCCGGUGGCCAGUCCCGGCCCAGGCGCGACGACCUUUAAGGGCAUGAGCGCGCUGGACCUGCGCCACGGCGGCCGGGGCCUACGCGACAAGAAGAAGGAGAAGGAGGAGAAGGCGGCGGCGGCGGCGGCGGCCAGCGAUGUCGACGGGUCCCCGAGCGGCAUAAGCAUCAGCGGAGCGGGUGCCGGUGGCGGCGUGGGAGGCGGUGGCGCGAGCGACUGGCCGGGACCCGGCAGCUUUGGCUCGGUCGGCGGCACGGCCUCGAGCUUUCUGAGCGAGACGGCCGCCGAUGCGGUCAAGUUCGGCUUCAACAAUCUGAGCUACGACGACGCUUGGCCGUACCUCAAGGCAAAGCUGCAGGUUAUCUUCGAAGGCGAGGACCUGCGCAUCCCCAUCGAGCACCUCAACCGCAUCGUCAUCAUGCACAUCCAGUACUGCAUCCAGCGCCGCUCGCCCAGCAUCAUUCUCGAGGACCUGCGGGACCUGCUGGCCGCCGGCUUUGCCUCGCUCGACCGCACCCUGCGCAAGACGCCCGAGGACCGCCUGAUCCCGGCCCUGGUCGAGCUGUGGCUCUUCACCUUUACGAGCAUCCUGCCGUACAUGCAGGCCGUCUUUCCGCCCCUGGACCUGGAGUUCUCGGGCAGUGGCACGCUGCUGACGCCCGAACAGGCCCGUGACUUUUGGGGCAGCGUCGCCGGGACGACGACUGGGACGACUGCAGGGACGACUGCCGGGACGACUGCAGGGACGACUGCCGGGACGAAUGCCGGGACGAAUGCCAGCACAACAGCGGGAGCCGGGACCAAUGCAGUGACUCCGGUCUCAGCCGUGCUCGAUGUGCGCCGACUGGUGCUGGCCUCGUAUCGGGACGCCGUGAUCCUGCCGCGCUACGACACGCUCAAGCCCAUCUUCUCGCGGCUCUCGCUCGAGUUUCUGCCUCAGUCGCUUACCGGCAUGACCAAGACGCACAAGACGCACAAGACGGCCGGAUCCACGUCGACGCCCAUCCCGAUCAAGCAGAAGAGCCGGUCCAACUCGACGCUGGCCCAGCAGUACCAGACGGCCGGGGCGCAUAGUUACGGCAGUUUCGGCGGUGGUGCCAGCAGCAGCAGCUAUCUACAGCAGCAGCAACACAUGUUGUCGACGUCGCCAGGGACGGCCGACAUCCGGCCGGGAACGGCCAUGAGCGGGGACCCGAGCGUUUCGGCCAGCAGCGGCAGUGUCGGCGGUAUCGGUGGUGCCAACAGUGGAGCAGACGGCAGCCGAGGCCGAGCGAUCAGCAACGUGUCGUUUGGCAGCGGCAGCGAGCCGAGGCCGACGUUCUCGCUGGGCAACACAGCCAACGCAGGUGCCAGCAUUCUGCACGGCAGCCUGCGGGAACAAAAUGUGGAGGACAGCAAGCAGGUGACGGAGAUGGUCGGUCGCAUACUGCAGUGCAUGAGCGUACUGGCCGGCGUGGGUGUGGCCGGCGAUGGGAGCGACGAGGGCAACAAGAUGGUGGAGGAGCUGAACCGGUUGCUGAAGCUCAACUGGCUGGGCCGUGGACGCACAGGACGCAACCGACGCGGAAUGGUGGGCGGCCGAGUGCGGCGAGCCGGCACCGGUGAGACGGCAGGGACACGGGACACGAUGAGCGUUAGCUAG